ACCAAUUUUUUUAAAAUAAAAAUAAGUAAAAAUAAAAUAACUUUAAUAAUUUACAUUGUUUCAAGCAGUUCUGAUUUGAAAAUCUGUAAAAUUAUUUGUACAAAAGUAUUCAUUAUUUUGCUUAUCAUUGAUUGCAUAAAAAUUAUUGUAGAAGAUGUGCCAAACGCAACGAUGGAGACUCGAGUGGCUGGGCAAGGCCAACCUAAACGAGUGGGUCGAUGGACACUUGCUCAACUUCGCCAAACUGAUGGCAUUAUACCAUCGCAAGCCGGUUGGAAUAAAGGAGAAUCGCAAAAGUUAAUGACAAACUUUGGCACACCGCGGAACACUAGCACUAAGAUAAAAGCUGAAAAUCUUGCAGAAAUACCUGAGGAAAUUCUAUUACGCUCGCAUGGUGAAGUUCGUUUACAAUCUGGAACAAAUAAAUAUGAUUCACAACGUGGAAUGACCGGCUUUGGUACUGGACGUGAUGUAUGCCGAGAAGGAAAACAUGUCAGUCAAAAUCCUUCCGAUCUUCCGGAAUUACCGGAGGAAAAGAUUCGCUUGAGCGAUGGCAUUGUACGUCUUCAAGCUGGUACGAAUAAAUAUGAUUCGCAAAAGGGGAUGACUGGAUUUGGCACAUCGCGUAGAGAAACAACAAAAAUGGUUGAUACAAAACAUCCAGAUUAUGAUCAUGAAAGACCUGACCAAUCGGAAAUACCACUUCAAGCUGGCACAAAUCGAUUCGCAUCGCAAAAAGGAAUGACUGGUUUCGGCACAAGCAGAAGAGAAACUACUAGGAUCGUAGAUACAGCUCACCCUGAAUACGACCCAGAAAGUAGCAUUGACUCUUCAACUAUUCCAAGUCAAAUGGGUAGCAACAAAUAUGCGUCCCAAAAAGGAAUGACCGGAUUUGGUCAACCUCGUUGGGAGGUUCUUGAUCCAUCGAUUUCGUGGCAAAAUCGUAAAAGUCAAGGAAUGGUUCGUUUACAGUCGGGAACGAACAAAUUUGCCUCUCAACAAGGUAUGACUGGUUUUGGAACAAUUCGUAAUACAACUUAUGAAGCUGAAGCUGGUGAACUGCCAUAUGAGGAUAUGAAAAAAUCAGAAACGAUUAUUCCAUCACAAGCUGGUUGGAAUAGGGGUGAUUCUCAAAAGGGCAUGACUGGAUUCGGUGCUCCAAGAGAUGUUAAAGGCAAACAUCUGAAACGUAUUUGGGAGCUAGAAUAUCCAGAAGAAGCGGAAGUCUCGCUUGAUCGUCUCUAA